ACCAAUGUUGAAGGUGUAUGUAUGUGUAGGAGAACAUAUGACUUGAAGCACAAGAAAAACAAUGCCUCCUUCGGUUCAAAAUAGAAUCCGCUGAACAUCUUUAAGACGCGUGUGCUGGCCACCGGCGGAAAGUGCAGCUUCGCGUUUCAAGCGAUUGAAGCAUUAUCGGUCUCUGUGCGGUGUUGUCACGGCGAUUUGAAUUUUGUUAUCUUUGGUGAAAACGGAUGUUGUGAUAUAAUUUCGAGCAAAGGAUUAUUUUAAAAAAAAACCUGCCGACUCCAUGACGUCCGAGGGAGAGAGGUGUGGAGGAUUAGGAUCAUUUUUGGCGAUGUCUUGCAGGGGAAGGGCGGAAGCCUUCGCCAGGAGGUUGCACUCCAAACUCAGAUCUUUGGGUUCUCAGGAUGAAAACGGCUCGGCUGAUGAGAGCAGCUGGUUGGCAGCUCACGAAAACCCCAUUACCAUAUCACAACCUGCUCAUUCGGCCAACGCUGAACAGUUUUUAGAUCUGGACAUACUCGAAUCACCUGGAAGUCCCGAAGAAGAAAUAGAUGAAGUAGAUUUAAAUAAGUUAAUGAACAAAGAUACCCUCCAGUCCUCAUGCACGAAAGAUAGUGAUAAAAGCACUCUAACAUCAAUAGCACAACAAUCAGCAGUAAUAGCAGCAACCACAAAUUCUAAUGAUAGUGAUAGUGAACAAUUUUACGAUACGGAAGAUGAACGGUUGCUAAACCACGUCAAUGGUAUAGAGGAUUCAGAGGAAAAAAGUGAUACCUACCUAAGUUCCCAAGAUUUUUCUUCAACGUCAGAGUUCACCGGUGCUACAAUAAGUGAAGAUGCUUCCAUGCUCAGCUUUAAACAAGAAGAUUUAAGUUUGGAUGUCGAUAGUUCUUUAACGGAUAUCUCGAAAUGUAACGGCGAUAUUAGUCCCCCGUGUGAUAAGAGCAGUGUCAAAAUAGUUGUAAGUGAUGAAAACAGUGUAAAUAUAGACAGCGGUAAUUCUUAUGAAAGUAAAGAACCUCAAUUACUAAUGGAGCAGGUUAAAGAUGAUGUGGAAGAGUUGGAAGAGAAGCAGCCCAGGGUAAAAAGAAGCACUUCACUAAAAACCGGUAAAACGCCUCCAGGAACGCCAGGACAGAAAAAGUAUGUAAGAUUUGCCGACGCGCUAGGAUUGGACUUGGCAGACGUCAGGACGUUUAUGGAUGAAAUACCAAAAAUUCCUACAUCGGCUUAUGAAGAUCUAGUCAACGCAGAUCUUAGCGAUUCCUCUUCGGAUAGCAAUCUCUCUACUCUUUUAUCUAGAGUUGAAUUAAAGCCCCAAAAAUAUCUUCUUCCUAUGUUUCAGCAACCAGCUAGUCUACCGAACUUUCUUGAUUUAGUGAGAGAAUACAAUGUGUGCCUAGAGAAUGUUUACGUCGAUGAUCCUAUUUUACUUUCCUUGAAAGGUACUGUUAGAGUUCGAAAUCUGGAUUUUCACAAAUCCGUUUACAUAAGAUACUCACUGGAUUCCUGGGACACCUUCGCUGACAUCCAGGCUACCUACGUAGAUAAUUCGUGUGAUGGUUUCUCAGAUAAAUUUACCUUUUUAUUAUAUGCUCACACAUUGAGUAUCGGCCAGAAGUUGCAACUUGCUUGUCGGUUUCAGUGUAGAGGAUGCCAGUUUUGGGACAAUAAUAAAGGUGUAAAUUACUGUUUCCAAUGCUUACCAGCAUCACAUCCUAGUACUCCAGGCACUAGUAUGAUACCGCAACCUCAUGAUGAUUGGGGAGGAGCUAGUUUUUAUUAGUCAAUAAGCGAUCAUAACGCACGGAAUCAAAAGUGUGGGAAACAGAUACGUCGUGCCAUAUUGAAGCCGCUAAGGAACACCAUCAAGAAGUAACAAUAAAUCAAUGUUUACGUUGUGUUCGUCGAUAAUUAUUUUAAAUUAAUAGAUAUAUAAUAAACAGAGGUACGGAUACAGUGUGCAUUCUCCCUCAAGUGCCAUAAAAUUACUAUUUAUUAAACUAAAAUCAAUUACUCAUUAGAAAUAAUCUUUUGAGCUAACAUAUAGCACCAACAGAGGUAUAUGCUAUAUAAUGGAUUUACUGGCUUGCGUCAUUUUUGAUGUCAGUACUUUUAUAGGUAAUAUUUUUUUCAUGCAUGCUGAAUCCGAAAAUGCAACUCACUUUUCUCAAUCAGAUCAGGUUUAUUUACUAUUUUAAAUUUUCGGGAAGAUAAAUUAUCUAAAUAAAUGACAGAGUAAAAGAAUGAUUAUGGUUAUUGCUUGAAAUCAGAUAUAUAUUUUAAAAUAAUGUACACAAGUUUGCUACUCAUUUCAGAGUUACCGUAUUAAACAGCUAUUCGUUAAUAAAUGAUCGUCUCAAAUACUGUGUGGCAUGUUUUCCACCUGUAAUAUUCUUCUUAAGACACCAGCUUGAUCUGUAAGCAUAUUCACAUCCCAGCGGCCCUGGUAUCUCCUUCCAUUAGGUACUCGAAUGUCCUGACGGAAGGUUUCCCUUAUUCUUCACUGUAAUCCCCGCAGUUUAUGGAGAAGUGGUUCAAAUGUGAGCUGAGAAAGUGCAUCUUUAUAGACAUACGUGUGCCAAGAACAUUGAAGUUCUGAAGCAGUUCCUCUAGACUAGACUCAUUGUCCUGGCUGCUAUAGUUUCCCGGAAAGUUUUUAAUAACAUGCUUCAAUGAAAACCAAGCAUUUUUCUCUUUUAUCUGCAUACUUUCAUCGAAAUAUCCGCCUUUAACUUGGAUUCACUAACACGUGAAGUUUUUUCUCUCAGAAAUGCGUCGAGUUUUUUCAAUCUUUGUGAAUUGCUUUGGAGAGGCGGAAGUAGAAUUUUCUGACCAUCGCCAGAGCUUUUUAGAGCAUGUUUUGUGUACCACUUUCGAGAUUAGGUCUUUCUUUUCACGUAAUUUCACGUAAUGCUGUUCGCCUUCUAUUAGGACCGUGCAAGUUCGGAAAAGCAACACCUGGUUUCUACGCUCAGGUCCUGAUUACUGGACAAUUGUCAAGGCCAUAGCCCAAAAAAAUUAUAAGAAGAAAAAGGAAUAUUAAGGUUAUGUUAUUAAAAGGUAACCAAUUGCAUGUAGUAAAUAAUAUUAAUUAUUAAAAUGCACUACUACAAGCAAAAUAAAAUUAAUUAAAUUUACUUUUAUAUAUUAAUUGCAUAUCAUAUCAAUAUUGUGGAGCAACAUAUCAUAAUUUUUCUUCUUCAUUGACAGUAGAUAUGAAAUAUACGUCAAUUUGACAAUUUCAAUUGACAAUGAAUUAUUUAAGAAAGUUGCAAGAUUUUUCCGCUAUUCGCGCACGAUCGUUUCUCAUAUCCCCUCCAAGUACUUGCACACGGCGAAAACUGUCCCACAGACACAUGAAGCAAGAAUACUUGGUGUACGACCCUGUAGGCCCAAUAUCAAUAAUAUCAUAACAUAUUUUUCCUCAUUAACUAUUGCCACUAAAGACCUGCGACUAGUGGUAGGAAAGUUAAUUUUCUGGGAAUGAACUUUACAUAAAACCAUAAUAUUAAAAGUCAUUUACUGAAAUAAGGACUUCUGUAUUGUACUUUAUAUUUCACACGAAUUUAGUUCCUUUGUAACAAAAUUAUCAUAUUGGAACCAGCUAUGCCUCUUAUUUCAAUGAUAUUCUUCUUUUUUAAUUUCAGAUAGCAAAGAAUGAUCUUAUUGGUCAGAAUGAGGUAUAUUUUUUAAUUCAGCAUGCCUAAAUAAUGUAAAAUUACCUAUAAAAAUCUUGACCUCCCAAAAAAUUUUGAAACGCAGGCCAAAUUUGAUUUUCAAAUAUUUUUGUAAUCACAAAAAAAUUAUCAAAAACUUUCUGGGAUACAGAUAAUGACUGAAUGAUAUGUCUGUAGACUAUUUUUGAAUGUAAAAUAUGGAUUUGAGAGUAGAAACAAUUUCUGAUCGUUUUUGUACGUGUUUUGAGGGAACGUUAUUUACACAUAUAUAGUCUGUCCGAUAUAACUUUUCCCAUUCGGUACGAUUCAUUUUCAGUAGUAAUAACCCAAGGACAUUGAUAAUUGUUCGAAAAAAUUUUAUAACAGAUUUUGAAAGCUUGUUGCUUGGAAACAGACCGACGCCGUAGGCGGAGGUCUGUUGCCUGUAAGCAACAAGCUUGAGAAAGUUGUUAAAAAAUUUUUGAGCAUUUAUCAAUGUUCGAGGGUUAUUCGGAUAGAAAAUUUUUUGCUGGAAUUCAUAUUUUCUAUCAUUGCAAAAGUCCAUAAACGCUUUCCAUACAAAUUUUUUACUGUAAACAGUAUUCUUUGGUAUAUUUGAUUCGAUAAUUUCAUUAAUAUUCUCAUCAGUAUUACAACCAAAUCGUGACAUUUUGAAAUAUUGAAUAUUUGAAAUGUCAAAAUCGAAAUGAAACGAAAUGUAGGUAUCCAUAGCUACAUGAUUGAGUGAAAACAGCCCAUGGGAUCUGUUUUCAGUAUAAUGUUGGUUUUAUUGGUUGUAUUCAAUCAGAUGACCACAAAUUAAUUGAUUUCAUUGGAUUUCUAAUUGAGCAAAAAAUUUUCAAUCAAAUUAAGUCAAAACAGAAAGUGAAACGUACGCCGAUGUGUGUAGUAUAUAGUAUACAGUAUACAAAAUGUAUAUACACAUCGACGUUCGUUUCAAUUUAUGUUUUGACUUAAUUUGAUUGAAAAUGAAUCGUACCGCAUGGGAAAAGUUAUAGCGGACGGACUAUAACUAUCUUAUUGUUAAAAUUAAGAAUUUCUGUGAAUUGUACAACGAUAUUGUUCAGACCAACAAGAAAGUCAUUCUUUCCAUCUUUUACUUUUUGAAUAAGUAAACUGAUGAUGAGACAAAAUGACAAAAUGACAAAAUGGUCUUUGCUUUGCGUUCUAUUUAUAUAAGUGUUUCCAUGCUGGAUUUUCUUUUAUUUAUAUAUUUUACAUAGCUCAAAUUUGUUUUUAAAUACCUUAAAAGAUAUUUCUAGUUUUUGUCUAGUCUAUGGGCUUCCUAUACUGGUUAAUGUAACUGAGGUGUUCAAAAAAAUAACCAUACAAUAAAAACAAUAGCGACAAGAAGAUUCAUAUCAUAAAAAGAAGUAUGUUACUGUUUGAGGGAAAAAACGAUUGAAUCUAUACUAAAUUUACAAUCAAAAUGCAUUAGAAAUUAACAAACCAAGACACGUAAAAUGCUACUAGGAGUACUCCUGAAUCCUAAUUUACAAUGUAUAUACAUUGUAAAUCCCAAAUUAUGAUUUCCAAAGUUUAUACAUUGUAAAUUAUGAGGAGAGUGCUCCUAGUAGCAUUUAACCUGUGUUGGUUUGUUUAUUUCUACUGCAUCUUGAAUGUAAAUUUAGUAUAAGCGUAUUUUUUGGUUACGAUGAAUACUUGUGCAAGUUUAACUAACAAUAAUUUACAAAAAAGGAAGACGAAAUAAUAAGUUUCAGAGUGUUCGACUGUGUUUCUAUUUUUUACCAAAAAUGUAUCAAUAUAAUUAUAAAAAUGGAAGACGAACUAGUAAAUUUUAGAGUCGGCCACUCGGUUUAUGUUUUUUAUAAAAAUGUGUUAAUAUUAUUUGUAUAUUUUGUUGGUUUUUAAAAUAGUAAGUUUUUAAAAUAUAUUUUUAAUUCAUUCUGUAAUUACUUAUAAAAAGAUAUAGCCUGAGCGAAUUAAACCAAAAUACCUCAAUUUUUAACAAAAAGGUCUGCACACUGCCCGUUACCUUCCUUAAUUAUCAAAGUGGCGGUUUGAGAAAGAGAGAAAGAUAGAGAGAGCAGCAAUCUUCCAAAAGUUGAAGAGAUAAGUCGAAGAAGGAGUUAUGUGGUGAUUGUUUGCAUUUUUAGACUUUAGCAAAAUUGACAUUAAUAUAAAGAACAUUAUCACCUGAAUAAUUACUAUACUAAAAUCACAAUAAAGAUGCACUAAAACCAACAAACCAACAUACUUUUAAUGUUACGAGGGGCACUCCCGAACCAUGAUUUUCAAUGUAUAAACUUUGUAAAUCAUGAUUUGAGUAACAAAUCCUAGUAACAUUCAACCUGUCUUGGUUUGUUUAUUUUUAGUGCAUAUUUAUUGUGAUUGUAUUAUAGAAUCUUUAUUGGGAGAAUAUUGGAAAAAAACCAUAAAAAAACUCAAAAUCUUGUGUAAAUAAUGAUGUUAUGUUUUAUAUAGUGUAAUGAGACCGGCUUCGAUAUUUAUCAGUUUUACAUAAUCAUCAGGCCAUACAAAUUUGAAAUAAAGCUGGAAUUAAACAAAAAGUAGAUAAAGACUUUAUCCAGCCAAAUACUAUCAUGUUGUUCUGAAACUAUUUCCUUGUGGCAUUUUUAUAAUUACGUAUUUUUUAUGGGAAAUAAGCCACAAUUUUACUAAAAAAUGAAUUUAUUAACGUUUCGAAGCCCAAAUCGGGUUUCGUUGUCAAAAUACAAAAUACUAUUAAAAUAAAACAAACAUGUUGUUGCUAAGUAAAAAACAAAUAAUAAAUUCAUUUUUUAGUAAAAUUGUGGCUUAUUUCCCAUAAAAAAUACGUAAAUACUAUCAUAUAAACACUUUGUUAUAAAUUGUGGUGUUUGGCAAACAAUAAGUCAAAAUAAUGGUAAUUAUGUAAAUAUUUGUAAAAUAUGGCAGAGUAUGUAAAAUAUACAAAGCAAUCUCGCUGAAUUUGAGUGAAAAUUGGGUAAUUGUAUAUUUUACAUAUACUGCCAUAUUUUACAAAUAUUUACAUAUUUUACAUAAUUACCUACCAUUAUGUUGACUUAUUGUUUUACAACCCCCACAAUUUAUAACAAAGUGCUUACAUGACAGUAUUUGGCUGGACAAUGUUUUUAUUUGUUUGAUUUAUUCCAGCUUGUUUCAAAUUUGUAUGGCCCAAUGAUGAUGUAAAACUGAUAAACAUAAAUCACAAAGAUUGUGAUUAUUUUUUAAUAUUCUGUUAAGACGAACUCACACCAGCAACCUUUUUUUUGACUUCAUUGAGAGGUUAAGAAUAAAUUAAUUUAUAAAUCAAAUUUUGCACAUUAGGUUACAUGACUCUUCUUCCACUAGUUUGUUCAGCUAAAUAUAAAACAAAAGUGUAAGAUACACAUUUGAAACUAUUUUAAUACUAUCUUUAUUGUACUGUUGUUUGUUGUUAUAUUUCUAUUUCUAUCAAACGUUUAUAAUGAAAAUAUACACAUGAUUUAUACGAAAUGUUGCUCUUUGAGAACUGAUCUAUCUCAAUUAUUAAAGAGUUUGCAAGUAAAGUCGGUUCGCUAAACUCAGACAAAACUGGCUAGUGAUUUUAGUAGUUAAUUUUUUUGUUUUUGGCCAAUUUUGCCAAAAUUGGCAAAAUUACUAACUAUUAAGUAAUUAUUAACUAUUUAGUAAUUAUUUUUUUGCUAAUUUUACAAAAUUGGAAAAAUUACUUACUAAAAUCACUAGCCAGUUGUGUCUCAGUUUAGCGAACCGACUAUACUUAGUAUCUGCCUUGUUGUCUUUUAUUACUAGACAUCAGAAUCUUUACAUAUCUGCUAACUCACUACUUGCCUAUUUAGUUAAACCUAAAGAUACGUAUCCAUUAGGUUGCUGCUCCGUGUAGCAGCUCCACAUAGUGGAUACGUUGGUGCUCCUACUCGCCGCUCACCCUCGGCGAUCCAAUCGGUGGCGGUUUAUACAGGGUGAGUCAUGAGGAACUGUACAUACUCCUACCUCGUAUGGAGGCCCCUAUGGUGAAUAACAAAUGACCAUUAAAAAGUGUCUGCUCCCAUUUUUUCAUAAUAUACAGUUGUUAAUUUUUACAGAAAUUUUUAUUCGUCAUAAUUUUUGAACGGUAAGAUCGAUGUGUCUAAUUUUGGUCAAUAUUUACACUAUUACCACCCAAUCAACUGAUUUAUUCAAACUAGAAAAAAAUCAGGUCCGGCUUUAAAAAAUUAGUUUGUUUUGGUCUUAGAAAAAAUUUCACCCUGUAUACGGUUUUUGAAAACUCUAAUAAGAAUUUUACAAAUUAGACAAAUAGGCAAUUAAAAUGGCAUAUUUAUUUUUCCCCCACACGAUUACUUUAUUUUUUUUUAUAAAAAAAUCAAAUUUGACUAUGAAUUAAAAAUUUGGUGAAGUGAACCAUAGAUUAAAAAAAAAUAACUUUUAUUACAAAAAUUAAUCUUAUUUGAACACGUAUUUAAUUUAUAAGUUACCACUCAACUGAUUUAUUCAAACUAGAAAAAAAAUCAGGUCCGGAUUUAAAAAUUAGUUCGUUUUGGUCUUAGAAAAAAUUUCACCCUUUAUAUGGUUUUUUAAACCUCUAAUAAGAAUUUUACAAAUUAGACAAAUAGGCAAUUAAAAUGGCAUAUUUACUUUUUUCCUCACACGAUUACUUAAUUUUUUAUAAAAAAAUCAAAUUUGACUAUGAAUUAAAAGUUUGGUGAAGUGAACCAUAUAUUAAAAAAAAUAGUUUUUCUUGCAAAAUCUAUUUUUUUGAACAUAUAUUUCAUUUAUACAUAUGUAUUGAUACUUUCACAGCUUGUGCUAUACGUUGUAAAUAAUAAAACCCUUUUAGGGUUAAAAUCAGGUGAUCUAGGUGGUCAUGCAUGAGGCCUUCCGCGCCCUAUCCACCUAUUUCCGUAAGUCACAUGAAGACGUUGAUGAACAGCAACUGAGAAAUGGGCCAUGUUAAACAAAAAGCAACCAACCCUCAAUUUGUAAAUUAAGAGAAAAUUAACUUUUUAUGUUUUUCUAAAUAUUUAAUUUUCCGUCGUAUUUUUUUAAACGAUAACUUCACUAAUCAAUAGUUUAAUUUUAGAGCAAUUUUAUCAUAGUAGUAUCAAAAUUAUCCUAAUAAAUUUUUACAAAAAAAAAUAGCCAUAUUGAGGGUUGGUUUCUUUUUGCUGUUGGAAAUAUAUCUAAUAAAAUGCAAUCUGCAAAAUCCAACCAACCCACAAAAUCCAUGAAUAAAACCGAAUAAUUUCAGUCAACUCAGUAAUACCAUACAGUAGAAUUUCUACUAUUAAACAUAAUAUCAAUACAAAUAAAAAAUAUGCGAUAAUCAGUCAAAACAACAAACCAUAAUAUUUAAAAAGUAAGAUAAACAUAGCCUUAAUCCUAAUACUUGCAAUUUCGCGAGCCGCUUUAAUUAUUUUAACAGUUCUUGAUUUAAACAUAUUUUCGCAUUAAAGAUUCAAAGAUUUCUUCAUAAUAUAAUAGAUAUAACACAACAAAUAUUUUAAUAUUUAAGCACGAACUAAUAUUGGUCAGUACCUACACGUAAAAACAAAAAGAUUCAACAUUCCAGGAACCGUAAUCGGCAUAACAAUAUCAACCCACUUGGCUGGUACUUUUCGACAGUGCAAUGUAAUAAUAUGUUCAGUCCAGUGAUACACACAAACAAUCCAAGUGGGUUGGUUGUCUUAUGCGAAAUCUUAAGUGAACUAUUAUUAAACAGAAAUAAUUUGGAGUAGUAUUUUUCAUGGUUUAAUAUUUAGAAUGGCUUGGUUGCUUUUUACACAAUGUAGAAUACACAUUUUUAAAUCGAUAUGUGACAUUAUCUUGUUUUCCUCAAAAAUGUGGGUUGGUUGCUUUUUGCAUAACAAGGCCCAAAUGUGGUGAUGCCCCAUCGUGCAUAAUAAAGUACAUACCUCUGGCGGUUACAUUGGCAAGUAGAUUCGUCAAAAUAUUUUGUAAAAUAUGAUAAUGCAAAAAAGUACAAAUAGUGUAAGAAACACAAAUAUAACAAUGGCGAACGAAAAGUUAAAUUAUAUACUCAAACAACGAAUAUGUCAAAUUAUCAUUUUUAUACACGUACAUAGUAUUAAUACAUAAUGAGAAGGUAGUGAAGCAAAAAACGAAGGGAAAAUUUUAUUUUGUUUUUGUUUAAUUUAGGUUUAUUUGUUUAUCUCCUUUUUGACAAACAAAUAUUAUACAGGAUGAUGUUUUAGUAUUAUUCAAAACAACCUGUUCCUUUUAAAAUUCUGGAAAUUGGCUGAAAAGGUUGUAUUAUGUAUACCACGAGCAGUGGUAGUAUUAUUACUUAUAAAUUAAAUAUUUGUUAAAAAAAAUAAUUUUUGUAAUAAAAGUUAAUGUUUUUUAAAUCUAUGGUUCACUUCACCAAAAUUCUAAUUCAUAGUCAGAUUUGAUUUUUUUUAUAAAAAAUUAAGUAAUCGUGUGGGGAAAAAAUAAAUAUGCCAUUUUAUUUGUCUAAUUUUUAAAAUUCUUAUUACAGUUUUCAAAAAUCGUAUAUAGGGUGAAAUUGUUUUCAAGACCAAAACGGACUAAUUUGUUAAAGCCGGACCUGAUUUUCUUCUAGUUUGAAUAAAUUAGUUGAUUGGGUGGUAAUAGUGUAACGAUUGACCAAAAUAACAGACACAUCGAUCUUACCGUUCAAAAGUUAUGACGAAUACAAAUUUCUGUAAAAAUUACCAACUCGCCCUGUAUAUUAAACAAUAGGAGCAGACAGUUUUUAAUGGUCAUUUGUUAUUCCCCAUAGAGGCUUCCAUACGAGGUAGAAGUAUGUACAAUUCCUCAUGACUCACCCUGUAUGUAGAGGAGCGCAUGCCCGUAUCCAUUGCAGCUGCUUCACGGAGCACGGAGCACCAACGUUAUGGAUACGUACUUUUAGAACUAGCGUCCACCAUGCAACUGUUUUAAAAUAACAGUUGGAAACAUAUAUAAGGUAUAUAUAAGUAGGAUUACUGGUUGGAUACUGGUUGGAAACCAGUUUCAGGUGGAUCGCCUCAUGGGCGAAUCCCCGUGCGUUUAGGCUGCCGAGAUGACAAAAUAGUUGUGAGUGCAAUCGGUUUCACUCCGGGCGUAGUUUAAAACAGGUGCUAGGUAGGGGCUGGGCCUUAAAAGUUUUUUGUGUAUACCUAGAUCAGUAAAAUUAUUACAUAUAUGUAGUUCGUAAUAAAAUAACAACAGUGAUUAUAAUAAACUCGCAUUCUUCCCAUUCUUUCAGAUGCAUUGUUGUUGCCUCAUGUUUUCGUACCAUACACAAUUAUUCUUCUUCUUUAAAUAACUUUGUCCGUCUUUAAAUAACUGCCAGUCGCAUGGUCUUUACUUUGUCCGCAUCGGACUCAAAUAGUGUUGUGGAGCUGGCUCCAUACCACUGGCGGUGGUUCUUCAGCCAGGAUGUUCUUCGUCGUCCAGGACCACGUUUUUCUUCUAUUUUACCCUGAUUAAUUAUAUGGAGUAAUUGAAGACCUAAGUUGAAGAAGGGAGUAUGUUACAAAGCCUACCUUUUGAGAUAAGGUCAGUUAAAGUUUUUAUUCGUCUUCUUUUAUCAUAAAAAUAUUGUUUGUGUUAUUUGGUUUCAUUUAUUUUGCUAUAAGCAUUUCCUUUACAUAUAAUGUUGAUAAUUUGUUUUUAUUUUUAGUAUUUUUUCUAAAAAUAAAUAAUAACUGUACAAACCGCCUUCUUCCAUUAAUAUUAGUUUGUAUAACUAUCCUUUAUCUGAAUGGAUGAAGGGGGUAUGUGUCAUGAAAUGAUUCUCUAUAACCAGUUUUACAGAAAUUUAUGUAAUUGAACACAAAAUAAUCUUCUUCUUAAUGUGCCGUGCUCGAUUUUUGAGCGUUGGCUAUCAAAUCGGCUAUAAUAAUUUUUUUGAUGGCAGCUCGGUAAAGGGAUGCAGAGGAUCUGUUAAACCAUUCUCACAGGUGUCUAAGCCAUGACGAUCUUCUUCGUCUGGCAUUUUUUCUUUGACCUGGCCUUUCUUCUUCGACCUGGUCUUUCUUCUUCCGUCUACCUUGCCUUGUAUUAUUAAAUGGAGAAUGGAGUAUAUUAUACAGAGUGAGUUUUAUGUAUGAAAAGCCUCAAUUAUCUCGGAAACGGAUUGCAUGAUUUUUUAUAUAUUUUGGUGACAAAGGGUUUUAUAAUGCGGCCGAUAUAAUAGUGGCAAUUACAUUGCUGUCAGAACUUCCGUUUUUCUGGAAAUCUAACGAAUUUUCUUAUUUCAAAUGGAAUACCCUGUAUAUGUUUGCGUUUUGAAGUCCGUAAGAAAUGCUGAUUAUUUUUCGUAUUAUAUUACAUAUACCUAAAUGCCAUAAUUUCGGAGUUAUUUAGCUACAUUUAUUAAAAAAACAGUUUUUAAACAAAUUUAAAAAAUCAAUCUUUUUCAACCCGGUUACAUUAUUUUAGGUUCUUUUGAUCAUUGGUAACAAAAAAUCUUUUGUAAUUUUUCUCAAAAGUUAAUAGUAUUUGAGUUAUAAAUAAUUUAAACCUGAAAAAGACGAAAAAUGUUUCAUACCUCCUUCUUCCAUUGAAGAAUUGUAUUUUACAUGUUAAAUACCUCCUUCAUCUACUAGAAUAUCUCUUAAUAAGCUUUUUAAAGGUACAGCAUAAGUGUCAUAUGCUAGUGAAGUUACAUACCACCUUCAUUCACUAAGAAACUCAAAAUUUUAGAAAAUUUUACAUACCCCCUUCUUCCACUUAGGUCUUCAAUUCAUAUUACAUAUUAGGAUUCUUCAUCACAUGGCAAAGUACUCCAAUUUUUCUCUUUUUUUGCGGUGUUUAAAACCUCUCUUUCUAUGUUUAGACACUGCAAAACUGCUUGAUUUGUCUGUUAACGCUGAUAGAAGUGUUGCUAGCAAAACUAGUCAUCAGCAAAUCUUAAGUUGUUGAUGACUACCCUGUUGACAUGUAUUAUAUCUUCUGUCCUUCUCUGGAAAUCCUUUCUGCAUAUGAUUAAAAAAAACAGAGGGAAAAAGUACUCGAGAAAACAGGCAUAGGUAUACAUUAUCUUUUACAUCUCAACAUCUCUGUAUGAGAACCUGAUCUAUUUUUCCUGUGUUCCUAUGUUUCCUCACAUCUGAUCUAAGUAUUUAUGUGAUGUUUCACUUUCCGGAACCUUACUAUACUAAAUUUACAAUCAAGAUGCAGUAGAAAUAAACAAACCAAGACACGUUAAAUGCUACUAGGAGCACUCCUGAAUCAAAAUUUACAAUGUAUACACUUUGGACAUCAUGAUUUGGGAUUUACAAUGUAUAUAUAUCGUAAAUUAUGAUUCGGGAGUGCUCUUAGUAGCAUUUAACUUCUCUUGGUUUGUUUAUUUCUACUGCAUCUGAAUUGUAAAUUUAGUAUAGGUAGUAAUCACUAAGUAUUUUUAAUUUUGUGAAGCAGUGUGUUUUGCAAUUAAGGUUCAUAAUGCAGGGCAGAAUUAAGGGAAAAGAUCCAUAGGUAGAAGAAGAAUUUCCUGGCUGAGAAAUUUAAGAGAGUGGUACACGGAGUUGGCAGUGGCCAAUAAGGUACGGAUAGCGGUGAUGAUAGCCAGCCUCCGAUAGGAGAAGGAACUACAAGAAGAAGAAGAAGAAGAAGAAGAAGAAGAAGAAGAAGAAGAAGAAGAAGAAGAAGAAGAAGAAGAAGAAGAAGAAGAAGAAGAAGAAGAAGAAGAAGAAGAAGAAGAGUUUUGCGAAGCGAUCUCGUAGGCUAAUAUCAAAGGUACCAAAUAUACGAAUAAAUUGCUAAUAAAAUCCCAAUUCAAAGUAUUCUGUCUGUCAAUAUUUUUUUAUUUUCUAUUCUGGAUAUAGGUAUGAUCAGUCUUCUAUAUUGUUUAAAAAAGUGUUACGGUAGGGAGAUGGGUCCGUAGUUACUAAGAUUAUCUAGUUUAAACAACGAUGUUGCUGUUAGUUUUCUUCCGGAUAUGUCGAUUAUACAGCUCUUUGCAUUGAAUGAAACCAUGGGAUCUGUAUACCCAAAGAAAAAUAAUUAUUUCGAUCAAGUCGCACAUCUCGUUCUAAACAGUACCAACUCAAAUUAAAUAUUAAAAAUUUUACAGGACAGCGAAAUCAAAGUAUUUGCUUAGAUUAUUCCCUAUUAUAUUUAUUAUCUUUGGUAGUACACAUUUAAUUUAUGUAUUAAUAUUUUACCUGUUACAACUGGGCUAGGGUAACAUCAGAAAAAUAUUUGGUAAAAGAAAAUAACAACUAAAAAAGACAUCUUUUAUUCGAAAUAAUUCAGAUUUCAUCCAAAAAAAAUGUAUCUAAGACACUUUUUCCCAAAAGAAACGUUAAAACACAUACUUUUUUUUUAUUACGUUUUUCACCGGGAACUAGCGCAUCUUCUUGUCACAAGUCCGAAUGAUAGACCCAUUAUAUGUAUCCAACAGACUCAUUAAUAUUCAGCUCAGUGGGAUGCUAUUGUUUGAGGCGUGAAAUUACAUAAACAAGGGCUCAUUUCAUAAAACAGAUAAAUCCCUUGUUUAUGGAAUUCCACACCUCCAACAAUAGCACCCCGCUGAGCUGAAUAUUAAUGAGUCUCUGGAUAUCUGGUACUACUUUACUGUUUUUAUCGGACCAUGAGCUUUGAUUUUUAAUUGUGACGUCUUUUGCUCUAUCUAGUAUUGAAAUUGUGUUAAGGUUGCGAUAUCAUAGUUCCCUAAGGAAAAGAUGAUGCACAAAGCAUUUUGUUGGUGUGAUAAACACAAAAAUGUAAUUUUUGAGUUAAUACACUUUUGAACGGGAUGUGCGAUGUAGUUAAUAAUAAAUUUACUGAUGUUACGUAUACUUUACUAUAUUUUCUGAAACUGUGAUAGUGAAUCUUCCUCCAACAUGUAGUUUGUCCAAUAGAAAUGAGGCUCUUAUUAACUUAUUACAAAACUGAUUGCUUGAGUCUCAUUCUACAAUAGUAUCUGGUUAUCUAGCUGCUAAAUUUACGCACAGAUGUGCUUUAUAGUGGAACCACAUAACACAGUUGCUAUUCUUUUUCUCAUGAGCAUAUUUCAGUGCGUCACAGUUUUUCGAUUUCUUUCUAACGCAUUAAAUUGUAUGUGACAGAAAAAAAGGUACGUCUGUGAUUAGAGACAUUUAUAACAUUUAUUCUAGUUGUCGAUAGAUGGCGCUAUAUCGAAAAAAGAUUAUUUACGAAUUAUAUAAUAUAUCUACGAAUAUAAUCUGUACUAUUUAUAAGACUAUACAAAUCAAAGAACAUACUAUAUUAUAAAUUCAAUAAACACACUUGAUUUGUUUUUAUGCCAAAUUGCAAAUAAAAUGUGGCAACUGUCAGAUUUAACUAAAAUGUCAUGUUACAAUAAAUGUUAUAAAUGUUUAUUAUCACGGACACCUUUUUUCUAUCAUUUGUGACGCACUGAAAAAUGCUCAUGAAAAGGACUUUACCUACUAUCCAUGUAAUGUUACCUAUAAUAAUUAUUCUAAAUUUGUGAGCAACGUCGUCGGAUCUUAUUCAAAAACCUGCCACUUUGAAACAUAUUUUCUUCCUAAUCACAAUACAAUUUUAUGAAAGCAAUAUAUAUUUUACGAAAUAGUAUUUUUACAAUAAUUGUGACAAAUUUAUAGUUUUUUAGAAAGUGAUAUUUACGCCAUGUUAAUUGUUAAAUCAAAAUAACAAAAUUUUAUCUAUAUUUUUAUUUAUUGUAUUACUUUUCUUUAUUUGAAAGACUUAAAAAUAUAUUUAUUCAGUGCUGUUA